ACAAUAUGCUGGAGAAAAUAGAAAAACGACAACUGGUUCAAGGUAUUCCCAUCGCCAUCUCGAUCCUGGUGCGAUCUCCGAUAAGUUGGUCGGAGGACAACAAAAUUGCCGUCAUAACACAGCUCGGCACAUACGUCUUCGCAAGCUGAGCAGACAAAGAUCUCUGCUUCAUCAGCAGACAUUGCUUCCUUCACAACUGUUAUUGACUGAGAAGUUUUAGUGAGACAAUACAAAGGCUGGUGUACCUUGUAUUGGAUGACUCAUUCUUGGUGAAGUUGUACAUUUAACCUUGAACAAAGUUGAAGUGCACUCAUGGGAAGAUGAAUUUGAUCAAAAUGGAUGACUAUAAAUUGAAAUUAAGUCAUUUUAUAUUAUUCUUUAUGAUUGUGUCAUCAGUUUCGGGUGACAACAUAACUGAUCUGGUUUUUGGGGGCACUGCCAAGUACUUGCCCGCAGCCUUCGGUGACUUCAACUCGGAUAAGUUAACAGACUUGUUCGUGAUCACGGAAGAUGGGAAAACCAUGAAGGUGCUCAUCUCUCAUAAUGAGAGGCCUCUUCUACGUGAGCUAGAGUCUGGCACUGCGCCAGCAUGUACCUACGAAUCACUCAACAUCAAGAGCCUAGUGCCUGGUGAUUUUGAUGGAAAUGGCGAAAUGGAUGUGCUCCUUGUGUCGUUCAACAAGAGUGUAUCGCCGCUUUACCAGGUGUUUGUUCUCUGGGGAAACACACGUAAUCUGACACUAGAGUGUGGCUCAGAACUGGAGCCAUUGCUGAACGUGUCGGGACAACCGCUAGUCAUGGACGUUAAUGGAGAUAUGAUUCCAGAUUUGUUUGGGGAAGAUGAGACAUACAACAGAACAUUUUGGAUAUUUGGCCCCGACAGACUGCCGCCGAAGGCUGAACCAAUGAUAGGACGUAAUGGUACUCUUCCUAGGCUUAAACAACCCAGUUCGCACGCAUUUGUUGAUCUUGACAGUGACCUAGCUUCUGACCUCUGGGUCACUGCUAAGGACCACUUCGAGAUCUGGAGUGUUUCAGACGGUAUUUACGUUCUUGAUAAGACUAUUAGUCCAUUGAAAGAAAUGGAAAUUAUUGGCCAAGCAUCAUUUGCAGAUGUGGACUUAAAUGGAGAUAUUGAAGUGAUAGUUCCAGUUUGCAAAGAUAAACAGUGCAAAAGCAGUACUGUGUUUGUUUAUGACUUUGAAACGGGUUGGGUGGAGCUAGACCUUAAUUUUAUGGACCCAAAAGGAAAAACGUGGGGUUAUCCUCCAGAGGCGGACAAAUCCUACAGGUACACCGACACAAUCACUCUGCGUCUUGGUGAUUUUAAUCUGGAUGGUUACCCUGACUUCCUCGUUACUCUUCGUGAUUCAGAUAAACUGGACAAGAAAGUUCAGGUGGUUCUGAUGGAAAAUGUCGAGUGUCAGGACUCCAAGUGCAAGCACAGUCGGAAGUUCGUGCCCAAGUGGGACGUGUUCAAGGACUUUGGUAGCACUGUGUUGGGCACAUUCUGUGACUUCGAGGAGGAUGGCACACUGGACGUCCUUCUAGUUUGUAAGGCAGAGGAUGGAACAUAUCACCUUAGCGUCUACAAGGAUGCUCUCCAGUAUGAUGCUGUUUUUGUCAAAGUACUGAUCCCUACUGGUAGAUGUUAUGGUAGUGACUGUCAGCUGCUAAAAAUACCCUAUGGCACUAACCAACCCGGCCCUUCCAUCACGUACUCCAUAACUACUGCGGCAGGAGGCACUCAGCGCUCCAGAGCCACUCAACUCUCUCAGAGUGCCCACUAUGCUCUUCAGCUCCCAUACACCGUGUUUGGUUUAGGGCGCAACUGGAAUUUUGUAGAGGUGAUGGAAGUUGGGAUCCCGAAAGGAAACAUAUCCCGGACGCUGACCAGCAGCUUCACACAGAUCAUCCCAAACUCCCAGUUGAUUGUGAUCCCAUAUCCUAUGGAAUAUCCUGACCGCUGGGUGAGCAAGCUCUUCAUAACCCCCAGCAAGGCCAUGCUCAUGACUGCCGGGGCACUCGUCGGCACCUGCCUCUUCGUGGCUGCCAUCAUCGGCAUUCUUCACCACCGAGAGAAGCAGCAAGAUAAGAGAGAAAAGCAACAGGAUGCCCACAAGUUCCACUUUGAUGCCAUGUAAUUGUGAACUCGUGACCACAGAAGAUAAAGUUAAACCAUACCACGGGCGGGGAUAGAACCCGUGAUCAGAGAGUCGUAAAACUCCAGACCAACAUGCUAGCUACUGGGCCAGCUGGCUAGCCGCCCAUGGUAUGUUUUUUGCAAUCGUGUCACUACGAUUUCAUGAGUCAUGAAGAUAAAAGUUAGUCAGGCAGUGUAAAUCUUCUAGGAAAAUCUUAAACAGACAUGAACUUGUGGUGAGGAAAAGUGACAUGUUGUAGAACAAGGUUAUGUGGAAAAAAGACAUGCACCGUUCAGGACAUUUAUUAGAGAAAGCAUUUUGCCACAAACGACUUCUUUAAUCCAUUAUUAAGGUUAUAUUUGUUUACUCUGUGUAGAGCUUGACAAAGCUUGACAAAGCUCUACACAGAGUGAAAUGUGUCAUCAAAAGCAGCAUUCAACAUCUUUACUGUUGUUGAUGGUAUGCCAUUUGGAUCCAACUUAUGAUUGAACAUUAAUUUUAAAUUAAGACACACGUGGAAUACUUGGGAAUCAUUAUUUUCAAAAUGUUUCACCUGCCCAUCAGGCUCCUUCAGAUGAAUGCAUGCUGCGGACACAUCGGUAGUGAAGAUACUCAGGUGUUGCACGUGUCUUAUUCGUCAACUUGUCGGUGUUGUGUAACAUCAAUAAUAUAUUAAUUUGUAAACCUUAACAGGAGAUAGUAUGAGAAUAUUGAUAAAUUGUAGAAGAUAAACACAUAAUUUUUUUUCUAACACAACAGCCGUCUCCCACUGCGGCAGGGCGACCCGAAAAUGAAGAUACAGUAUGUAGUUUUCUUCUAUCUUUUACAUUUAUUGAUAAGAUAAACACAGUCAUUAAUUGGAAAAGUCAUGCAGAUAUUUUACUUGUAUGAUGGAUAAGGAGGGAAUAUAUAGGCCUGUGCCAUUCUAUAUAACUUUUCUCUAGGUAUUUUUCAUUGACUUGUACAGGCGAAUUAUUGUCUGAAUAAGAUUACCAAUUAAUAUCUUUGUGUCUUUCUCAUCUGGAUUAAUUUGAAAGAUGAGCUGCACAAGCCAGAGAUGUGUAAUGUUGCACCAUUAUUAUAGUGUAUGUUUUUGUAGUCAUUACAGUGUAGUAUCCAGUAACUAUACAGGAGAGAGCUAUGUAUUCUUAAUGACUCUUGUUUAGUUGAUAUGCCUUAAACCUCAUUAACCCGUAAACGGUCCAAGCAGAUCUACGUUCACAUGUGUAGCGCUACACAAGCAGAUCUACGUUCACAUGUGUAGCGCUACACAAGCAGAUCUACGUUCACAUGUGUAGCGCUACACAAGUAGAUCUACGUUCACAUGUGUAGCGCUACACAAGCAGAUCUACGUUCACAUGUGUAGCGCUACACAAGCAGAUCUACGUUCACGUGUAGCGCUACACAAGCAGAUCUACGUUCACAUGUGUAGCGCUACACAAGCAGAUCUACGUUCACAUGUGUAGCGCUACACAAGCAGAUCUACGUUCACAUGUGUAGCGCUACACAAGCAGAUCAUCUAAGUUUUUUUACAUAUUUUAAAAUAUAACAAAAAAAAAAAAGUUGAUCAAAGUUUUUUUUACAAAUUUUCAAAUGUAAAAAAACAAAAAGAAGAUCUACUUUUUUUACAUACUUUCAAAUGUUGAAAAAACGUAUAUAUACGUUUGGACCGUUUACGGGUUAACAAACUGCUAUGUAUUGUAAACCUGAAUCAGCAUUAAGAGCAAACUUAGAAAUCUUUUAUUGAAUCACAGAAAUGCUGUUUUUAUGAGCCACAGAAAGUUUCACUAAAGCAGAAACCUGGUAUGUGGAACUCUUUCACUAAAUUAGAAAUGCGAAACUUUUUUUUGCUUUUGAACACACCGGCCGCCCCCCGCUGAGGCUGGGUGACCUCAAAAGAAAAACGACCGUUUUUCCUUAAAUGUGAACCUUGUGUAAUGUUAGAUCAUGGCUGUGAGUGCUGUGAGGAGGGUCGGGAAGUUAUUAUAGUCAUUAAGCAUAAUAAAUAAGAAAGAUUAGUUAAAAAAUUGAGAGGUCAUGUGGAGCAUGUUAUUAAGGUAUCCAUUUUAUUGGUGGAUUGAGCCCUCGAUGUAUCGAAUCUUGAUUUAAUGAACUUUGGAAAUACAGUGGAACCUCAAAUAUCAAACUUUCUUCGGUCCAGAAGUCUGUUCGAGUGCCUUUACUGAAUGAAUUUAUUCCCAUCAGUAAUGUAAAUUAGAUUAGUCCAUUUCAGACCCUUAAAAAUACACUUAUAAAAGCACUUACAAAAAUACACUUACAUAAUUGGUUGUGUUGGGAGCAGUUCGAUUUUUGAGGUUCCACUGUACAGGGUAAAAUCUGCUGGGUCAGUUGAUUCAGAAACAACAAAGUCCAUUGUGCAACAUGUGUCACAUGUGCAACAUGUGUCACAUGUGCAACAUGUGUCACAUGUGCAACAUGUGCACAUGUACAACGUGUGUCACAUGUGCAACAUCUGGGUAUCUUUACUUUGCAGAUGUUUUUCCCACAGUGGCUUUAUUAAUGCAAUACAAAGACAUAAUGUGAAGACUGUAGAACUAUACACAGCAGACAGUGGAAGAUGAGGUAAUCAGUUUCUCAGCCUAGGAGCAGGUGAAGAGCACCCUAGUUUUGAAGACUCAAGCGCAGGCAGGAAGAUUGAUGUUUUGUAAACGGGAGUCAGAGAAUGUGCAGCAGAUGAGGACAUUGUUACUGGUAGGCAGGAUGCCCCAGUGGAAGUAGGUGAUUCCCAAAAGUUGCACCGGGAAUAGGUAAGUAGGUUGUGGUGAUGUCCUCUGUAUCAAGAUGCCAGUUGGCAUCACCACAACCUACUUACCUAUUCCUCUUGGGCAUGAUCUACUUCCACUGGGGCAUCCUGCCUACCAGUAACAAUAUCUUCGUCUGCUGCACAUCCUCUGACAUCAGUAUAUAAACAUAAAUCUUCCUGCUUAUGCUUCAGAAUCUUCAAGACUACUGUGCUCUUCACCUGCUCAUAGCCUGAGGGACUGAAACACUGUCUGCUGUAUGUAUAUAAUUCUACAGUCUUCAUAUUAUGUCCUUGUAUUGUAUUAAAAAAGCCACUGGAUGAUGAAACAUCUACAAAGUAAAGAUACCCGGUUGUUGCACAUGUGUCUAAGUCAUCACGUUGGUAUUGUAUACCAUUGAUAUACAGUUGAUCCCCACAUAACGAUCAGCUCUCAACUCGACCAAUUACGUAAGUGUAUUUUUGUAAGUGCUUUUGUAGGUGUAUUUUUGGGGGCUGGAAACGGACUAAUCUAAUUCACAAUAUUUCUUAAGGGAACAAAUUCGGUCUAUAACGGCACCCAAACAGACUUCUGGAUUGAAAUAAUAUCAUUAUGCGGGGGUCCACUGUACAAAACAAUCUUACCUCUAUUCACACAAUUGCCAUUACUGACCAUCUGCUUUGCCCUGUUAGUCCGCUAAACCGAGGGUUCAUGUUUCAACCCAGUCAUGGCUGCAUAACAGUGAUAAUAAUAAUAAUAUAAUAAUAAUAUCUUUAUUUCUACAAGUACAUGUACAAGGUAUACAGACCAUAGCUGACAUCAAUGACAUACUACUAUAUAAAAAGCCACUUGUUAUGCAGAGCAUUUCCCGCAAAUUAGGUCAAUUUGGUCCCAGGAUGCGACCCACACCAGUCGACUAACACCCAGGUACCUAUUUUAUACUGAUGGGUGAACAGGGAUAGCAGGUGUCUUAUGGAAACACGUCCUAAUGUUAUCUAUCCGUACCGGGGAUUCAAACUCCUGACCUCAGUGUGUGAACUGAGUGUGCUAGCGAUCGAGCUACGGGACACCUGUUUAUUUGUUUAUCUGUUUAUUUGAUGCUGGUGGACCCCCAUGUGGGUUUAGUGCUUGAUAGACUAGCCAAAAAAAAAAAAUAGUAUUAUUGGAGUCAAAUCGACUUCUUUAUUAUGUAUAUAAGUUAGAAAUGUACGCUUUUGCAUAGCAUAAUAUUGUUUAUUGAGAGAAUUUAAAAACUGAUUAUGAUAAUUAUAGAUUAUUUUGAUAAGCUGAUUUAUACGAUCUCUUCGUAGUCUAUAGAAUUAAUACCGAGGCCAAAGAAAAAAACAUUUGCAGAUAAUCACAAAAGGACAAGAUUUAUUGUAAAGAUUUUGCUCUGGACAGCCUUUGUAAUUUCUAAACUUAACAAGGUUUGUCCUGGGUGAGACGAUUUAUAUAUCAAGAAAUGAACUUGGGUUAAGUUGUAAUGAGCAGCUGUCAAUGAAUGAAAAGGAUUCUUCUGUUUAUUCAUCGACUUGUAUAUUACAACUUAACCCUUUAACUGUUGAAACGUAGAUCUACGUUCAUGUGCGUAGCGCUCCAACCUUUAUUUUCUCCAUUUGAAAGCAUGUAAAAAACGUAGAUCUAUGUUCGGAGCGGUACGCGCGUGAACGUAGAUCUACGUUUGAACAGUUUAAGGGUUGUUUUGAGUUUAUAGAUGAUGUGGCCUUGAGGGGGCAAGAAUUGAUCUACUGCUAAAGCUCCUGGGCUGAAAAGAGGAUUUCAUUUGGGUUACAGUUGGUGCCGCCGACAAUGUAAUACAGUAAUUCCUCGACUUACAAACAUAUUGAGAAUCUUCUAUAUUGUGUAUAAUAUCAUAAUUGGUUUAGAAAGACACGUAAGCAAACACUAUAACAUAUUUAUUAGAAAACGUUUCGGUCCUGGGACCUUGAUCACUUCUAAAUAUGUUAUAGUGUUUGCUUACGUGUCUUUCUAAACCAACUUGUCGGUAUUUAUUACCAAGGUUUAUACCAAUAUCAUAAUUAUAACAUUGUUGCAUAUACAGGUACCAUCCGACUUACAACCGAGCUCGGUUCCGACCAACUGGUCGUAAGUCAAAAUGGACGUAAGUCGAAUAUUACUACUGAAUAUCAACAUCAUAUUUUUGUAAUGAUUUUAUUUUGUUGUUUUAUUUGGGUAUUUCAUAUUUUGCUUUACUUUUUAUACUGUUAGUACUGUAUUUUAUACUGUAAGGUUUAGGAUAAACACUGUGUACAACACAAACACUUGCUUAUUUCCCAAAAAUUUGGCAUAGAAAACAUGGUCGUAAAUCGAAUGGUCAUAUGUCGAGCAGGUCGUAAGUCGGAUGGUGGGUGUAUGUAUCAUUAUAAUACAGUGGGACCUCGGAAUUGGAAUUUUUUUUGUUCCAGAAGGCUGUUCAUGUGCCGAUACCAAACGAAUUUGUUCCCAUAAGGAAUAAUGCAAAUCAGAUUAAUCCAUUUCAAACCCCCAAAAAUACACUGACAGAGGCACUUACAUAAAUACACUUACAUAAUUGUUCGAGUUUUGAGCUGUUCAUAUCCCGCGGUACCACUGCAUCAUCAUUAUUAUACACAAUUCAGGAGGUCCCCAACGUGUUAGUCAGUCGACGACUCGCUGUACAGUAAGUAUUAGUUCUGAUGCCUCUCUGUUAGAAGCCCAGUGGCUGAGACAGCACAGCAUCGGACUAUUGAUUUACAGACUGCGGAUUAAACCCCUUGUCCAUCCUUAUGUUUAUUCAUAUUAAAAAAUGUUUAUCUGUCAUUGUGUAUACAGUCAGCACUUAGUAAACGCCUCUAUUUGGUAAAAUUUUUCAUAAAUGCAAUUGAAAUCUUGCAUUAUAAAUUGAAUAGCACAUAUAUGAAGGCCUUUCCACACGUUAAUUAAUUUUACGUGUACAGUGGACCCUCGCUUAACGAUCACCUCCCAAUGUGACCAAUUAUGUAAGUGUAUUUAUGUAAAUGCAUUUGUACGUGUAUGUUUGGGGGUCUGAAAUGGACUAAUCUACUUCACAAUAUUCCUUAUGGGAAUAAAUUCGGUCAGUACUGGCACCUGAACAUACUUCUGGAAUGAAAAAAUAUCGUUAACCAGGGGUCCACUGUACUUUUUCAAAUCGCAUUUACAAAAAAUUAUAUUGUACGGAGGAACUUCACAUGAGAGCUGACUGAAGACUGAGUCAUAUAUCUGUGUGUAUACAUUACAGGUGCCCCUCAACUAACAAUGGGUUAUGUUUUGACGAACCCGUCCUAAGUCGAAACUAUCGUGAGUCGAAUAUGAAUAUGACAUGCUAAAUAAAUAAACAGCUACUGUCACUGUAUAAUUAAACAAAUAAUUUCUGUAAUUAACCAAAUAGCAAUAUUGAAAACUAAAUAAAUAAAUACAAGGUUGGGACUUGCCGCCUUCAUGCUGGGUAAUUAUCGUAAGUUUCAUCUCCAAAGUAAUUCUUUUUGCACCAUCGUAAAGUCAAAAUAUCUUAAGUCAAACCAUUGUAAGUUGAGGAGGACCUGUAGUACACUGCUUUAGUGAUUAAAAUAUUCCUGAUGUGUACAGGUGAUGUGCAGCCUAAAUAACCCUUGUGCUUGCUGUUCAUAGUUUGUUCUCUGGAUGAUUUAUAAAGAUUUUUUCCCAUUUUUUAAGGCACCUUUAUUUAGUUUUGUGUUGAUAUAAUUGCACCAUUUUGCUACAAUUUAUGUACAGUGUACCCUGGAUAAAACAGAUGUUUAUAUAAUGUACUUCGAAAAUACGGAACAAAAUCCACUGGGUCAUUUGAUUCAAAAACAGACAAAUCCAUUGGCUACAGAAUUGACUGUUAUUGUUAUAAUUAGUUGUUAUAAUUAAGAUAAAAUAAUUACUUCACCAUGGUCAUAUUCACCAGUUGUCGGCUUCUCCUUAUAAGUCCAUUAUAUCGAAGGUUUAUUGUAAUAUAUUCUCUCUCUCCUCGUGUUUUAGGUUCUAUAGAAGAAAACGAUAAAUUUGCUAAUUUUUCAAGCAACUUCAAUUGUUGUUGAUUGAAAAUCAAGCUGCAUUUUUUACAGUCAGUUCAGAACUGCGAAUGGUUAACCAUGCAUUUUUUUCCGCAUCAUCUGUCUCCCACCAAGUUGAGGUGACUCCCCCCCCCCCCAAAAAAAAAAGAAAGAAAUACAUUCACCAUCAUUUGUGCAAGAAUUAGAUUCGGAACUUUUAAAUUAGCCAAGCUUGUUUUGAUGUUUGCAUUGAGAGUGCGUGUGUUAGAGGAAGUAAGGGGUGAGAUACUUUUGUCUGUGUAGUGCUUAAUGAAGCUGUAAACAGUGAGGCAUUGUUGCAAACAAUUUUGUUUGUAGAGCUUAAUGAAGCUCUGAACAGAAUGAAACAUUGCCAUAUACAAUUUUGUCUGUGUAGAGCUUGAUGAAGCUCGAAACAGAGUGAAAUAGUGUUGCAAAUAAUUUUCUCCUUGUAGGGCAUCCACAACCCCAGAAGCUGACAUCAGGGGUGCACAGUUUUUUUUUUUUUUGUGGCCAUAGACAUCAGGGGUGCACAGUGUUUUUUUGUGGCUAUAGACAUCAGGGGUGCACAGUGGUUUUUUUGUGGCUAUAGACAUCAGGGGUGCACAGUGGUUUUUUUGUGGCCGUAGACAUCAGGGGUGCACAGUGGUUUUUUUGUGGC